ACAUUUGGGCAUCAUUCGAUUUUCUGAUUUUGCAACGAAGACGUCGCUGGCUGGCUCCGUCGUCCAGUUGCCCAGUUGCCAAGUCGUCAAUAGACAGCAAUUGUCGUGUGUUGUGCUCAAACCGGUAAACAGAAAAAAUACAGUUCAAUUUCAUCGCUCAUUGCGCUCGCUUCGCCGCGUUUAACUGUGACUGUGUCUAGUGUGUGUUUUCCCACUUGGAAAAACUGUGAAAAUUCGCGCGCUCAACUUAGCCAACAUGCGCUUUUUAUUGCCUCUGGUGGCGCUGAUCGCUGCCGCUGGCGUCUCGGCGGAUGUCUCGCAUCUGGACACCGAUCUGCGUGAGGAUGGCUAUCACUACAAGCAGCCAUCGCUGCCGUUUCCCCCACCGCCCUCGGGCAAUGGCAUUGAGGACUCUGGUCUGAUUCCCGGACCAGCUCCUUCAGCGCCUGGUCCGUCUUAUGGCCCACCUCAAACGCAGCCACCGCGUCCGCAACCGCAACCGCAGCCCACUGCUCCGGCUCCAUCUUAUGGCCCACCUCAGACGCAGCCACCACGUCCUCAACCGCAGCCUGUGCCCACCGCACCUGCUCCUUCCUAUGGACCUCCUCAGACGCAGCCACCACGUCCCCAGCCCACGGCACCAGCUCCGUCUUACGGUCCCCCACAAACUCAACCUCCUCGUCCUCAGCCUCAGCCUGUGCCCACAGCACCUGCUCCUUCUUAUGGUCCACCUCAGACACAGCCACCACGUCCUCAGCCCCAGCCAACGCAGCCACGUCCUAGCUAUGGACCUCCACAGACUCAGGCUCCUCCCGCCGGACCGGAAUACUUGCCUCCCGAUCAGCCACAGCAGCCCAAGCCACGUCCAGUGCCCACGCGUCCAUCGCCGCCAGCACCGCAACCCACCAGCGACUACGGACCACCACCAACUCAACCUCAGCCACAGCCCACGCGUCCUCAGCCACCAAGCCCGCAGCCAACGCGUCCUCAACCACCUCGUCCUCAGCAACCUGGUCCUGAGUAUCUGCCGCCUUCUGGUCCACCAAGCGGACCUCCAGCACCACCAGCACCACCUACCUAUCAGCCACGCCCACCAGUGCAACCAGCACCUUCAGCUCCUGGUCCAAGCUAUGGUCCUCCACCUUCCAGCCCGCCUGCACCACCAACUUACCAGCCACGUCCCCCACCACCAGCACCUCCAGCACCACCCACGUAUCAGCCACGCCCACCAGCACCUCCUGCACCGCCAGCACCUACUCCUAGCUAUGGUCCUCCUCCUGCUAGUCCUCCGGCACCGCCUACCUACCAACCACGCCCACCAGCACCCACUCCCAGCUACGGACCCCCGCCAGAGGGACCCACUUAUCAGCCACGUCCACCAGCACCACCUGCACCACCUACCUACCAGCCACGCCCACCAGCACCACCUGCACCGCCAGCACCAACUCCUGGCUACGUGCCUCCCUCGCCUCCCGCGAGCCCUCCAGCGCCACCCACUUACCAGCCACGCCCACCCGCACCCCCAGCACCACCAAGUCCCACUUAUCCGGCGCCUGAGCCAGAGCCAGUGCCAGAUGCUGGAUCGUUGGGUCCGGAUGGCUACAACUACAAUAAGCCUGCCAAGCCAUUCACCUUCUAAGUGUUUGGCACACUCCAAAACGAGAUCCAAAUCGAAAUCAUGUUCGCACUUUCAUAAUGCAUCCCAAGUAGUAAUUUUUGGAGCACUUGCUACGCUGCCUUCCCCGCCGUACUUUGUAGUAGGUACAUUGUAAAUGCAUCUAUUGUAAAUCGUCGUUUCAAAUAAAGAGAAUUCUACACCGAAA